CGAUUGUUAAUUUUGGCAGUGCAUGACCAUAUCUUGUAUUUUUAUAUGUUUGUUUUAAAUUGUAAAUUUGUUGUUAAUUUUUUCUAGUGGGGUGCUGCAUAUUGUGUUAGUAGAGGCCCUAAAAUGGAAAAAUUAGCCAUGCAGUAUUUGGAGCGGCGAGAAUGUGAAUAUGAUCAAAAGACUCUUGUAAAUUUUUACAAGGAAGGAGAUUCUUUGAAACAUGCUUUUACACGAGUAGUAGUAUUCACAUCAACUAAUAACAAAGAAAACAAAUACUACUUAGGACCAGCUCCACUAGAAGAUGUGGCUAGGCAAAUAGCUACUGCUUGUGGUCCUUGUAGAAACAAUAGGAACUACAUUUUCCUUCUAGAAAAGGCUAUGUAUGAUAUUGGCCAGGAGGAUGACAUGGUGAUAGAACUUGCCAGUGAAGUGAGGAAGGUACUUGCAGUUUUAGGUAAUGCAUACCCUAAGGACAAGAAGUUGGUUGGAAGAAAACAACUUGCACUACUUAUCUAACCUCUGAUAAAUAACUCAAAUCUUGAUUCCAUUUCUUAUGGUUAGGUUUUACUGCCUUUUAAGCCAUUUCUAUAUUGCAAAAAAAAGAAGUGUUAUCCAAAGAUGACACGAAGACAUUUUUCAAAAGCAAUUGAUUGUCAUUUCAUUCGUCACUUGACUAGCCAACUGGCCACUUUACCAAGGCACUUCAUCGGACAAGGAUUCGUACCUUAGUCUCCAAACUCGAGAAUUGAGAUAGUUGUGUCUACACCAAUUCGAGUUUAAGCAAGAUGUUAAAAUCAUCUGUAAUCAUUUGGUAUACAUUGUAAUUCCUGUUUAUCAAGCAUAGUAAAUAGAAUAGUGAGAUACACAAAUGACAAAUGUUUCUUUUUUUUUU